GGAGUUUCAUGGUUCCGCGUUGUGUCGUCGGGACUCUGGGGUUGUAUUUCGGGGACGUUGGCUUUCUAAAAUAAAUAAAUAAAAUACUUAUCACACAGGUAUCAUAUAAUUUAACUUCGCUAUCGUGGUAUUACUAAUGUUGGUUGAGUUGACAAAACGUUAUGAUCUUCUGAGAUGUAAUAUACCUCCGUUAAUUUGAGCGUACGCAGAUCCGUCCCACAACAUUUAUUCCGGAAGUCAGAAACAGCGCGAAAGGUUUGUUUUGAAACACAAGAGUAUUUCAGAGGAGUCUGGCAGAAUGAAGAAGAAUCUGGAAAAUGUUUACGAGGCUCAAUUCAAAGCACUCCAAGAAGAGAUUGCAGCACUGCAAGGCCAACAGGACAAUAAUGAACGAGAGAUUGCUAUGGACCUCGCAGGAGGACGCAUGCAAGAUGCUCUGUUGAUCAUGACAGGACAUCAGGAGAUGGGGAAAAGUCAGAGAGACAUCACAGCUCACCUGAAGACUGAGAUAAUGGAGAUGGAGGAAGAUCUCAUCAGACAGACCAAGAUAAACGGAAUCGUUCUGGUCAACUGCUGUGUGAAGACUGUGGAGAAAGGCAACAAGAAGAUGGUGCAACAACACAGGCUGACGGGCCACUGCUCCUUCUUAGACUUCCAAGUGGAGUUUGAGCUCACUGAUGUUCAGGAGGAUACUACCCUGGUGAGGACUAUCACUGACCUCAACAUCGUCAUGGACAGCACUGAGUUUAAGGACUUCAGUAAUUUUGUGUCUGGAGUGGAGGACAAGAGAGACCUGCUGCUGUUUUUCAGGACCCUCAGGAGGUUCUCUGACAGAUGUGAAGACAGACGCAGAACAUUCCAGCACUUCCAGGAGAAGUAUCCAUGUGUGGUCAGUCUACCCGGAGGCUGCAGGGCAGAGGUCAUGCAGAUCAAGUCACCUAAACUAGCCGGGUGUGCUCUGACGAUCUACUGGAGCAUUGAGGUGACCAAUGAGGGGGAUAUCACACCCAAGAUAGACCUCCUUACCAAGAUGCCUGAGAAGGUGCUCGAGAUGGACAGCAGGAAGGUGAUCGAGAAUGCCCCCGACUCCUUCCAGAGUCUUCUGAGGAUCCUCGGAGCAGAGGCUUCUAUUGACACUGUAAUACAGUCUGUGGCUGUUUAACAAGUUUCUUUCAAUUGCACUCUAACUUUAAGGAAUAUUUCCCUCAAAACUAAAAACAAAACAAUGUUUUUAAUUGUCUGAAGACUUGGUCAAGAAACCCCCAGAACCCACAUUCUCUAUCAUCAGUUUAUUAAAUAUAAACAAUUCUUUACUCUCAAACAUUUAUAAAUAUCUGUUAAUGCCAUCUGUAUGUAUACAUGUCAAUAUAGCAUUAGUUGAAGAUCUAGAAAAAUAAAAACGAUUUUAAAUACAAAAUGCUAAAUAGCAACGUCCAAUGUCAUUUGUUUAUACUGUACACACAAGUGUUAUCUUAGGUCUCACAGUGUUAUCUUAGGUCUCUCAGUGCGUGUGAUUUAGUUUUAGUCUAAAAUGGCACCCAAUUCCCGCCAUAAAAGGCUCUACUUUUCAUCCGAGUCCUAUUUCAUUUAACCAGGUAAGUCAGUUAAGAACAAUAUCUUAUUGUGCGCCGCCCUAUGGAGGGGAGGGGCUUAGUUAAAAGUACCGCCCUAUGGAGGGGAGGGGCUUAGUUAAAAGUACCGCCCUAUGGAGGGGAGGGGCUCUAGUUAAAAGUACCGCCCUAUGGAGGGGAGGGGCUCUAGUUAAAAGUACCGCCCUAUGGAGGGGAGGGGCUCUAGUUAAAAGUACCGCCCUAUGGAGGGGAGGGGCUCUAGUUAAAAGUACCGCCCUAUGGAGGGGAGGGGCUCUAGUUAAAAGUACCGCCCUAUGGAGGGGAGGGGCUCUAGUUAAAAGUACCGCCCUAUGGAGGGGAGGGGCUCUAGUCAAAAGUAGUGCACUAUAUAAGGAAUAGGGCUCUUGUCAAAAGUACUGCACUAUAUAGGGAAUAGGGCUCUGGUCUAAAGUAGUGUACUAUAUAGGGAAUAGGGCUCUUCUCAAAAGUACUGCACUAUAUAGGGAAUAGGGCUCUGGUCUAUAGUAGUGUACUAUAUAGGGAAUAGGGCUCUGGUCUAUAGUAGUGCACUAUAUAGGGAAUAGGGCUCUUGUCAAAAUAAGUGCACUAUAUAGGGAAUAGGGCUCUGGUCUAAAGUAGUGUACUAUAUAGGGAAUAGGGCUCUGGUCUAUAGUAGUACCACUAUAUAGGGAAUAGGGCUCUCGUCAAAAGUACUGCACUACAUAGGGAAUAGGGCUCUUGUCAAAAGUACUGCACUAUAUAGGGAAUAGGGCUCUUGUCAAAAGUACUGCACUAUAUAGGGAAUAGGGCUCUUGUCAAAAGUACUGCACUAUAUAGGGAAUAGGGCUCUUGUCAAAAGAAGUGCACUAUGUAGGGAAUAGGGCUCUGGUCUAAAGUAGUGCACUAUGUAGGGAAUAGGGCUCUGGUCUAAAGUAGUGCACUAUAUAGGGAAUAGGGCUCUGGUCUAAAGUAGUGCACUAUAUAGGGAAUAGGGCUCUGGUCUAAAGUAGUGUACUAAAUAGGGAAUAGGGGGCCAUUUGGGACACACAGUGUUGGUUAAUACAGUCAUAAAUUGUUAUUCAGAUCAGUGGUUUGCUUCACUAUGUUUCCAUGUUACUGGGUCUGCACCCUAUUCCCUAUCUAGUGCCCUAUGGGUCCUAGUGAAUAGUGCACAGGAUAGGGAAUAUAGUGCCAUUGUGGGACACAAACCCUGGGAGAUAUGCCACCAUCUGCUCCUUACAGCAGGGGGUUUAAACCUCCCCUCAGGGACUACUCACAGCAGGGGGUUUAAACCUCUCCUCAGGGACUCCCUACAGCAGGGGGUUUAAACCUCUCAGGGACUCCUCACAGCAGGGGGUUUAAACUCUCCUCAGGGACUCCUUACAACAGGGACUCCCUACAGCAGGGGGUUUAAACCUCUCCUCAGGGACUCCCUAUAGCAGGGGGUUUAAACCUCUCCUCAGGGACUCCCUAUAGCAGGGGGUUUAAACCUCUCCUCAGGGACUCCCUAUAGCAGGGGGUUUAAACCUCUCCUCAGGGACUCCCUAUAGCAGGGGGUUUAAACCUCUCCUCAGGGACUCCCUAUAGCAGGGGGUUUAAACCUCUCCUCAGGGACUCCUAACAGCAGGGGGUUUACACCUCUUCCCAGGGACUCCUAACAGCAGGGGGUUUAAACCUCUCCUCAGGGACUCCUUACAACAGGGACUCCUCACAGCAGGGGGUUUAAACCUCUCCUCAGGGACUCCUUACAACAGGGACUCCCUACAGCAGGGGGUUUAAACCUCUCCUCAGGGACUCCCUACAGCAGGGGGUUUAAACCUCUCCUCAGGGACUCCCUACAGCAGGGGGUUUAAACCUCAGGGACUCCCUACAGCAGGGGGUUUAAACCUCCCCUCAGGGACUCCCUACAGCAGGGGGUUUAAACCUCUCCUCAGGGACUCCUUACAACAGGGACUCCCUACAGCAGGGGGUUUAAACCUCUCCUCAGGGACUCCUUACAACAGGGACUCCCUACAGCAGGGGGUU